ACUGUCUGAAAGCAGUGAAUCGUUGUUGCGAUGUUCUCGGCCGGUCUCUUCGUUUUCUGUUAACGGUUUGAAAAACCGCGAAAAUCUCCGACGUACUUCCAUCGUUCUAUUUCUUUUUUUACAAACCAUUAAAUAGUGAUCCUCGCGAUCGUUAAUUAAAUAUAGUUAGUUCGUUAGAUCUAAUGGUUGGUACCAUGAAAUUGCCUCUUGGUUCACAAUGUGUCAAAUUAUUGCUCUUUCUGUUCAAUCUGCUCUUCGUCAUAACGGGCAUAAUUUUAUUAUCGAUUGGCGUGGGGAUGCAUGGCAUCUACCAUAGCUACCAGCACUUCUUGGAUAGCAAAUUCUUAUCAGUGCCGUCGCUGCUCAUCGCAAUCGGAGCCAUUAUUUUCUUCAUCGCAUUUUUCGGAUGCUGCGGCGCUGCUCGUGAAAAUUAUUGCAUGAUCGUGACGUUUACCUCUUUGCUGGUCAUCGUUUUCAUUUUGGAACUUGCAGGUGGUAUUUCUGGAUAUGUUUUGAGGGCCAGGGCGUCCUCUAUCAUUGAAGGCAAAAUGGAGCAGACUAUGAAGGAAUACCAGACUACCGAAGGCAUAACAGAGAUUUGGGACAACCUGCAACGCAAAUUCGACUGUUGCGGUACUAAAAAUGCGACCGAUUGGAGCGACAUUUUGAAUCCCUCAUCUAAUUCAACCGUGAAAAACCUUCCCAUUUCGUGUUGCGACUUCAAAAUGGGAACCGUAGGAUCGGUAAAUUGCACCCUUACCACACCGACUCUGCACCAGAAGGGUUGUUACAAGAGUUUCCUGGCUUACAUCGCGGCUCAUGCCAUGCAACUCGGCGGCGUUGGCAUUGGUAUUGCCAUUGUUCAGUUAACAGGUAUUAUGAUAAUAUCUGUUGGAACAACAAUUUAUGCAGUUAAUGACGACUUCUCGAAGUUUCUUGAUCCAAAAUACAUAUCUCCAGCAACUCUUUUGAUCAUAGUAGGCAUCCUUGUGUUUGUAAUCGCAUUUCUAGGAUGUUUUGGAGCUCUUAAAGAAAGUACUUGCAUGGUUCUUAUAUUUGCAGUAUCGCUCUCUGUAGUUCUCGUACUGGAAUUAGCUGCUGCAAUUACAGCUUAUGCUCUUCAGGAUGACAUAAAAAGUGUCUUAGCUGAAAAUAUUAAUGCUACUAUGCACGAAUAUUCAACGGAUAAAGAUGCUAAAAAAGCUAUUGACUUUUUACAGUCAAGGCUUUAUUGUUGCGGAUACAAUGACUAUCACGAUUGGGAUGAAAUUAUGAAAGAGACAGGAGAUCGUUUACCAGAAUCUUGUCGUCCUCACGGAAUAUUUAGUGACAACAUACCAUGUGAUUAUGUUACUGGCGAUGGAUGUAAUGUCUACGGAAUAGGAUGUGUUAGAAACCUUUCGGUUCUCAUUCACAGAAGUGUACUUUACAUUGGUACUGGUGCUGUGGCCAUCGCUCUUAUUCAGUUCACUGGAAUAAUGUUUGCUUGCAUAUUAGGUAAAGCAAUUAGGAAACAGAAAACUGAAAGAGAGCGUCGUAGAUGGGAACUUCGAGAAAGCUUGGUUAAUGGCUAUGAACCAUUGGGGAAAUCAGAUCCUUUAACAACUUUUCCUGUCGUUUAUAUGUACCCUGAACCUACAAAAAAUGCCGCCUAGUAUUUUUCUCUUCUCUUUAUAGAUUUUUCAUUGAAUACUUUUUUAUUUAAUCAUUUGUCAUAAACCUCCUAUUAUGCCGUAUAUUUAAAUUCCGAAAGUAUAUUAGCAUUAUCCUGUACUUUCUAAGCUCUUCAUUUAUUCAAAAGGUAAACGUUAAAAAAUCGUUUCUUUACAUUCAAGUUUGAAUAGUAUAAAUUUCAAUUGCUAAUAUGUUAUACAAUUAAAAACUAGAUAAAUCGGAUAACAGAAUAAAAGUUAUUCUUAAACCAAAUUGCAUGCUAAAGUAAAUCAUUUUAUAAAGAAA